AUGUAUAAGCCCGCUCCUUGUCGCCCAAAGAAGACCGCUAUUGUUCGUUCUCGCUCCGGAUGUAGCGCGUGCCGAACCCGUCGCGUGAAGUGCGAUGAGAAAAAGCCUGGCUGCGGUCUAUGUGUACGCUUGGGCAAAGUGUGUAGGCCAGCGACAUUAACUCUCAAGUUCCGUAUGGUCUUUCCUGAAGCGCGACCUCUGUCUUCCACAGAGUCCGACUCUGAGUCACGAACCAUGCAGUCGCUGGCGAGCGCUGGUGAAUCCGACACAAUCCCGCAAUCAGUCGAGAGUCCGCAGGAAACAAGUCUCUUCUUCGAACGAGCUCUCGUGAUGAGUGAGCGCACUAUGGUCGACGAAGCCUACUAUUAUCACCACUGGAAGGGCCAUUGUGUCCACGCGCUGGGAGAAUUGUUCCGAAGCUUUGAGAUCCUGAGCGCUCGCCGUGAGUCCUUCAAGAGUGCACUCCUGGCACUAUCGGCGUGUAACCUCAGUCGACUCUCGCCAGAGAAGAGUUUGCGGGUGUCCAAGUCUGGUAGCAUGAUACUUGGACCCCGAAAUGACCACCUCAGAAGGAGCCAAGAGUAUUAUGGAUCAGCAAUUCUGAAGAUUGUCGCCACUGUCCAACAGGAUUCUGAAUCUCAGCCAUGUCUGAUGCUGUGCACACUUAUCUUAUUGUGCUAUCAUGAAUCGGCUAUGGGCAACUUCUCGGCUUUCAAGGUGCACUCUGAAGCCAUCCUCCGGCUUGUUAAUGUAAAUCUGCAAAAGCUUGUAAGGGAUCCUUUGGGACAGAAUCUCAUCGCUGCGUGGCUGUUGUCGAGGUACCACAACUGGUGGCUCAGGACCUAUUUCAGUACCUUUUCUUACCAACGCAGCCAGCAGUGUCUGUCUCCUUCACCGCAGAUCUGUCUGCUUCUACGCACAACAGGCGCGCACAGAACCAUUGUCAACGCGAUCUUGUGCGAAUCACAUCGACUAAACGUCAUAGCGAUGUUAUGCCUCUGGUCAGAACAAGAUAGGGAGCAUAUCCGACCGAUGAGUUUCGACCGAUUGAUCGUUCUUCUCAAUAGCGAGUCCAGGAAACUGGAUGACUGGCAUCUAAAUCUCUCACCCCAUGAAAUGCCGGCCCAGAAACUGUGCUAUGCUGGAAGCAGGAAACUGUCUGGUCCGAUACUUCAGGCUCUAUCGACUGACGGCCCCCUCCUCUUCCAUACCUUGGAAUCGGCAGUCAAUUAUGCUUACUAUGCCACUGCUCGGAUCAUGCAAUGCACGUCGAUUCUAGACGACCUUCGCAAGAGCAGCAACCGAAAUGGUCCGAUCCGUCCAGGACUGACAGAGGACACCAGUCUACUCGACAAGGACGACGAAACUAUUAUGUACUGGAUGAGCAUCCUCGUUCGUAUCGUAGCUGGUCUUGUCAAGACUGAACUACUUUGCCGGAAUAUCUACUCGAUAGGUGUCACUAACCUCUUGCUGAUCUGCAUGAUGCGCUGCCGAGACGCACUCACAGGUCGCUGGAUCCAUGACUGGAUAAAGGAAUGGACACUCCAUUCGCCUGCUGAAGAGGGCAGCUUUCCUGUAAUGCAGGCGUUGGUCGUGGUAGACUUAAUAAACAGAUUGAGGGCAUCGCGCAAGGAUACACUUGCUGUCGGAUUACCACACGAUGAUGGUGGAGGUGAAGGGAAAUACUUCUCAUAUGAUAGUCAGAAGUUGCACACUAUUGUGCUUCGGGGACAAUGUCGCGAUACUGGACGCUUGUUUUCAGAUACCAUCUCCUUGGAAACAUGCCGUAUGUACAAUACCACCUGA